CAUCUUCAUUUCCUCCUUACUUGCUAGAAAAGCAAUAUUAGUGAUAGUUGACAGCAGGCAAGAGAGCACAAGAGGUGAGAGGGGAACUGAAAUCUGUACAGACAGAGGAUUUCUCAAAGCCGAGGAAGAAUAAUAGUACUCAGUAGCAUAGUUCAGAGAAUGUUAUUCAUUCUUUAUUUUAAAUUUGUGCUGAGAACAUAUUUGCCAUUCAGCAUCCCAAACGAGCCUCAGAGGACUGUGUGAAAUCCAACCCGAGCUGCUGGAUGGUUGACUGAGCCGAUACAGGAGCAUUUAAAUUCAAGCGUCCCUUCCUCUCACAUCAGCCCCUUUGACCUUUAGCCUUUACGUCCCAGGUGGAGUGUGAUCUGCUGGGAUGUCGGAGGCCGCUGUGGGUACCUGCCCCCAGGUGUUUGUGGUGGACAGCCAGGCCAACUACAUCGACAUGUCCAACGCAAAGAAGCCAAGGUGGGGAAAAGUGGGCCAAAAGUUUCUUCUCCCGCUGGUGGUACUGGCCAUUCUGGGACUCAUUUUCGAGGGAUUUUUAAUCUACAAGCUUUACCAAAAAAUUGAGGCACUUUCCCUUCUCUGCCAGAAUACGUCCAGUCCCCAAACAUCUGGCCAGACGAGUGGCACCAUGAGUCAAGUGGGAUCUAAAGAGGUUAACGAGAUCCCCACGGUGACGACACAGACGCAGCAGAGACCCUUUGCUCACUUGAUGGGUCCUAGAAAUACUGCUCAGCAGAACAAUGUGGUGCAGUACAUUCAAGAAGGUGAAUCCAUCACCCAAAACAUAAGAUACGAGGAAGGCCAUCUGAUAAUCGAGAAGGAAGGUUACUACUACCUCUACUCCAAAGUGCAAUUAGAUGCUGCAGAGGAGUGUUCACUUAUCCAGCACAAGGUCAUGAAAAACACCAGCGCCUAUGGCGAUCCUAUAGAACUAAUGAAAUCAAAAAGUUUCCGCUGCUUGACCCCAAAAUCUGCGAGUGCAAAAGUUUCUCCAAAGGAGGAUCUGUGGAACAAUUUCCUGGCUGGGAUCUUCCACCUGCAAAGCGGUGAUAAAAUUUUUGUCACUUUGGAGGAUAUAAAGAAGUUGCGUCCAGGAGUUACUGAAAACUUCAUGGGGGCCUUUAUGAUAUUUCCUUAGAGUCUUAUAGAAAUGUGUCUGUCCCACUUUGUGAUCAUAUCCUAUGUUUCUUUGAGUUACUUCACACCACAUGAUGUGUGGUUUUUUUGUUGUUGUUGUUGUUGUUUUUUUCCAAGAAAAAUGUAAUAUAUAUACAAAAUACAGAAACUAAUAUAUAAUGUACUUGAUGGAUGUAUUUGAAUUCUGAAAUAUGAAAAACAACAAAUAGUUGUAAUAUAAGUAAGUAUCUGAUAUUCAGGUUGUAUAAUCAUAUUUUAUAUUUUGCUACAUAGCUUGUUGAGUGAAUAAAAGACUGUUUUUUUAAAAACAAAA